AUGGUGCCAGCGGAGAAGGAUGAGCUUUGCAAAUUCAUUGACAAAAACCUAGCUCGAGGGUUUAUUAGACCAGCCUCCUCCCCGUUUGCUGCCUUAGUACUGUUUAGAAAGAAAAAAGAUGGGGGGCUGAGGCUAUGUACGGAUUAUAGAGGGCUGAAUGCUGUUUUGUCUACAAAUGACUACCCCAUGUCGCUCAUUAAAGACUUGCUGGCCGAAGCUUCCAAAGGGAAAAUCUUCUCCAAGUUGGACCUCCUGGAUGCGUACUUUCAAGUGCACAUAAGGGAGGGGGACAAACAUAAAAUGGCGUUUAAUACACCCCUGGGCCAGUUUGAAUACCGGGUGAUGCCAUGUGGGCUCCUGGGCACUCCUGGAGUAUUUAUGAACUUGAUUAACGAGGUGCUUCACAAACAUCUGUUUAAGGGGCCCCUCAUUAACUUGGACAAUAUCUUGCUGUACUCCCCCAAUCUCUCCUCCCAUGUAAAAUUGGUGAGGGAGGUGCUCCAGACGUUGCACAAGCUGUUUGCUAAACUCUCCAAGUGUUAA